GCCCGGGACGGGGCGCGGCGGGACGGGGCGGGACGCGCUCCGCACCUCCGGGUACCGCGGCCGCGCUCCGUGCUCCCCCACAGCCAGGCGGGGAACCCGCGGGAGGCUCAAGGGUUUGGGCCGUUUGGAGAACACGCUGUGAACGCCAGCUGGAUUGCAGUUCAGGAGCUGGAGAAGCUGGGGCUGAGGGAUGACGUGGAUUUGCACGUCUACGAGGUCCCUGUUGAGUACCAGACCGUGCAGAGACUCAUUCCUGCCUUGUGGAAGAAGCACAGUCCCCAACUGGUGGUUCACGUGGGCGUGUCGGGCAUGGCCACCACGGUCACCCUGGAGAAGUGUGGCCACAACGUGGGCUACAAGGGGCUGGACAACUGCCGCUUCUGCCCGGGCUCGCAGUGCUGCGUGGAGGGCGGCCCCGAGUGCAUCGACUCCAUCAUCGACAUGGACGCCGUGUGCCGCAGGGUGUCGGCGCUGGGGCUGGACGUCACCGUCACCAUCUCCAAGGACGCCGGCAGGUACCUCUGUGACUUCACCUACUACACCUCCUUGUACCAGAGCAGGGGGAGGUCGGCGUUUGUCCACGUGCCUCCUCUGGGAAAACCUUAUUCUGCAGAACAGCUGGGCCGGGCCCUGCAGGCCAUCAUAGAGGAAAUGCUGGAUCUUUUGGAGCAUUCCGAAGACAAAAUCAACUGUCAGCAUGAACACUGAGCCCGCCCAGGAGCUCUCCUAGUAUUGCACUUCCAAAAUUUUCCCCUGCUCUGCUGAAGUAUUGGGGAGAAGAAAAAACAAAACAAACAGACAAAAAAACAAACAACAGUUCCGGACCCAGAAUUGGAGACUUCAAAAAAAAAAAAAAAUCCAAAAAAAAGAAAAAAGGAAAAUUCUACAAAUUCUGCUUAGAAAGUAACUUUUUUUUUUUUUUUUUUGUCGAAUCUGUGAGUUUCAGCCUGAGCAACAAAGGAUUCAGAGUCUCUUCUCACAAGCAGCUGCAGCUUCUGAUUCCUGAAGGUUUUCUCCUCAUUCCUGAAGGUUUUCUCCCGAUUCCUGAAGGGUUUCUCCUGAUUCCUGAAGGGUUUCUCCUGAUUCCUGAAGGGUUUGUGCUGGAGCUUCCAGGGAAUGGGUCCUCACCCAGACCUGUGGGAGGUUCCUCACCUGGACUCCACCUUCAGGGGCAGGGAAUUGCUCACCAACCCUCUGCUGGCUGAUUCUUGGGUGGAAAGGUUUGCUUUCAGUUGGUUUUGGGAUUGUUUCCCCCCUCUCUCGGCCCAAACUGCAGGUGCUGGUGAUGUGGAAGCAGAGCUGGAGCUGGGAUGGUGCUGGCGUGGCUGGGACAGCAGAGCUUGGUGGGAAUGAGGAGCCUGGAAUGGCUUGGAUGGAAUGGAAAAUGGUUUUUAGGCACCAAUUCCUCACUCCACCUCCUCCAGAUUUCAUGGAGUCUCUAGCUGCAGCAGAAGGGAUGUUUGGGGUUCCUUUUGGAACCCAAAUCCAGAUGGAUUUUUUUUUUAUUUUCUUUUUUUUUUUGUGGGGGGAGCCUGAUCCUAAAUCUUUCCAAAUCUCUUUUUCCUGCCUCUCUCUCGGCCACAUCCCUUCCUCAAGGACCUCCUGUAGCAAACACUCAGUUCAAUGUCUCUAAAACCAAGUAUUAGUGAAUAAAGUGGGUAAAGAGCUUUGCUGAGGGCCACUUUUCCCACUGGAGAUCUUUAUCCCGGGCUCCUGGUGCUCCAUGGCGUUUUUAAGGUGAAGGUUGAGUAAUUUAUAACUUCCUUAGCUGCAAAUUCCCCCUCGUGUUCCAGGUGAGGAGAGUAAUGUUUAACUGAGAUCCCAAUUCCACCCUGGCUCGAGUGCAGGCAUAAAAAUGCAGAUGGGAAUAACCUACAAAAUCCCUGCAAAAUCAAAUGUCGGGGCUUCAACCCCAUCCCACUGCCCGGGAACCAGGGGCAGUGAUUUGAAAUUAAGGAAUUUUGCUCGGGGGGAGGAUUCCAGGCUCUUUCCUGGUGUUCAGAAGUGGUUCAGCUCAAAGGAAUUCCCCAGGAAUUCUUUUGGGGAAGGGUUGGAGCAGGAUCUCAGCAGGUGGGUGGUGCUGGUGCUGUGUGGAGAUUUGCUGCCGGGUUUUGAGGCUGCAGCAAAAAAAACCAAAAUCCCAGCUGAGGUUGGAGCAGACACAGAACUGGGAGCUGAGGUCUCGUGGAGAGGCCGUUUGGGUGAAGGAGUCUGUGAUGCUUUUACAGAUAAGAUAGAAAUAUAUAUAUAAAUAUAUAAAAAACCCAACAUUUUAAAGGUUUUAAAGCCCAUGAGUUUGGAUUUCUGUGGUGCUGGCUGGCUCUGCUGUAGUAACUCUCAGUGAGAGCUGCCCUGAGCUCGCCAGGAGGAGUCUGGGGACAAAACUCUGCAGCUGCAGGGGCUCUGCUGAGGGCACCUGAGCAGGAGGGUUUUUUUGGAAGGAAAUUCCUUCUCUCUUCCCUAUCCAGGCCUUCCUGCUCAGAGGAAUUUGCCCUCAAGUGAAAUAUUGUCAUUGCCAUCGACGCCGAGGUAGCACUUGUCAGAUUCCCUGAUUAGUAAUUUAUUUUAUUUAAUAUUUUGUUGAAAUCUUCUUGUUGAAAUCUUUGCGCUUUGACACGGUUUUGGUUUUUGGGGCUGGAGGUGCCCCUGGUGGGGCUGGAGGUGCCCCAGGUGGGGCUGGAGGUGCCCCUGGUGGGGCUGGAGGUGCCCUGGUGGUUCUGGAGGUGCCCCUGGUGAGGCUGGAGGUGCCCUGGGUGAUGCUGGAGGUGCCCCAGGUGGGAUUGGAAGUGCCCCAGGUGGGGCUGGAGGUGCCCCGGGUGGGACUGGAGAUGCCCCUGGGCAUUUUGGUGCCCCAGGAUCCAUCCCCAGGCAGCACAGACAGCAGCAGUUCCGUGGGCAGAGCAUCUUCCCACGUGGGUUUGUUCAGCCUGGCGAGUUAAAUCCUGUUCAGCACCUAAAAAUAUUCAUUUUUUUCUGGCUGCUCUCUGCUGUUCCAAGGGAAAAUCCAGAAAUCCAGAGCCACUUCCGUGCCUGCUGGAGUUUGAGGCCUGCAGUGCUUGGCCUUGGGUGGGUCAGCAUUAAAAAUCCCAUUUUUUUGGGAAUAUUUUGGGCGUUGCUUUUCCUCUCGGUCUGUUUUGGGGGAAGCUCCACGUGAUCAGUUCCUUAGAAAAUCUAAUUUAUUUUAUACUCUUUUUUUUUUUUUUUUUUUUUUAACUGGGGAGUUUGGGAAAUUAGCCUGAGGUUGUGUUUAUAAAAGGUGUCUUGGUGGUAGAGAAAUUUCCUGUAGCCCUACUGGGAAAAAAUGGCAUUAAACUAAUUUUAUUUAAUAUGACCUAAAUUAAAUAUUUUGGGGCUGUUUUGGGGUUUUUUUUAAGUUGUUUUUUUUUUUUUUUUAGUUCAAUUCACGAAUCUUUUCUCAUAGAUCCCUAUUUUCUUUGGGAAUAGGACAUCAAACUGAUGCAAAACAAAGCUGAUGUUUUGCUAAAUCCUGUUUGUUUUCCUUUCUAUUAAUCAUCAAUUAAUAGAAUUUGCUAAUUUGCACUGACUGGGAGACCUGUUGCCAAGCCCAAAAACUUUGUGCUGGUGAAUAAAAGCGUAGGAAGUUCAGGUGGAAUGUUCAUUCCCGUGCCUGUAAUGUGGGAAAAAUAUACAAAAAAAAAUCUGAAAUUUUAGGUACAAAAUCCUCUCUGGGGAUAAAGGCUCAGGGGGGAAACGUGGCUGAGGAUUUUGGGUGUGGAAGAGAGGAUUUAGGGAGGUUCUGCUGGAUUGGGUCUGGUGUCAUUUAUCUGCCUGGAGCAGCGGGGUGACAAUUUCAUUGUCCCAGGAUUGUUUAAAUCCUGCAGAGGAUUUUGGAGGAGCUCCAGAGACUCAGCAAUGUCUCGGUUUGGUGAUGCUGCUGUGGGGAGGUGAAUUCAAUUGGGAAUUAAAUUGGGAAUUAAAUUGGGAAUCUCCUCUAAAACCCCAGGAAAAAGGAGCUCGGGAGGCUCUUGGCCUCAAGGAUUCCUGUGGGAUUUGGUGAUCCUUAGGGAUCCCUCCCAGCCUGAGGGUUUCUGUGGUGUGGUUGGAGGAUUUUUGGGGGUUUUUGGGGGUUUUUGGGGUGAGUUUUCCAGCUCCUGCAGAGCAGUUCACCUCCCCUGCAGCAUCCCCCAGGCUCCCGAGGAGUUGGAAGGGAUGGGAAGGUCAGGAAGAGGGUUUGAGGUGUGGUUGUGACACGAGGCUGCAGCCAGGAGCUGCUGAGCUCCCAGAGUUGUUUCCCUGAAGGCUUUCAGACAUCCUAAAAAAAAAAAAAUUAAAAAAAAAAAAUAUAUAUAAAUUUGGGAUCUGUGGAGCCGUGGGGAUGGUGAUGCCCACGGCAGGAGAACGUUCCUUGAGCCAGGGAUGUGGGAAUUUUCACCUCCAUGGGAUUUGGGGUGUGGAAAAGCCCCUGGGAAAAGUUGGAUUGUGGCUGAACUCACCUGGGGCCAGGUGUAGAUGUAGCAUCCAACCCCCCCAGUGUCCCAAAAGAGGCAAUAUUGAACCUUCCAGUGCCUCAGCAGCUGGAAAAGGGGAUUAUUCCAGGCUGCUGGAAUAAAACCCCAGGAGAUUCCGAGCCUGCACAGGCUCCCAGUGUGGCUGGUUUUGAUAAGAAAGUCUAAAAAAAUGUUUAAAAUCCACAGAAUUUCUUCUGAUGCUCAAAUAACCUGGAGCUGAGUUGGAGCUGGGUGAUCUUUAGGGUCCCUUCCAACCCAAACCAUCCUGGGCUUCUCUGUUCCUUGCCCUGCUGGGUGGAUUUUUAUUUUUUUUAGGGAUUUUUUUUUUUUUUAGGAAUUGCAGCAGGACGAGGAGGUUCUUUAAACCAAAACUGGGCAAAGGCUGGAGAGGAGGGAAUUUGGUGAAUCCCACAGGAGCUGCAGCAGCGAUGAUGGUCUGGCCACGGGGGGUUGUGGGUUAAUUCCUUGUGACUCCUGAACCUUUUAAUUUCUCUUGGAUUUCUCACUCUCAGACUCGGAGCUGCUGCAGGAGGGAGUGGUGGUGUCUGAAAUCCGAGUGAAAAUCAGGAACUUUAGGCAUAAAAAGUAUUCUUUUUUUGUGGGGCUUUUCUUUUUUCAUUCCGAUUUUCAGAUUUCACCCCACAGCGCAGAGGAAAUUGUCGGCAAUGAGUUUGUACAGAUCCUUUCCCAAAGUAACUUCCUCCCUCUUACCCCCUUUUACUUUAAUCCUUUAUCAAUAAUAUUUUAACAAUUUAAUUUUAUUUUAACAAUAGGAAUUUCAGAGUUGCAAAGGCUCUUUCUAAAUUUAUUGACUUGGCGAACCCCCCCCCCCCUUGUUGAUACCAUAAAUACUCAUCUUGAUCUAGAUGAAUUCCUUAUUUUUGCACCAGAAUCCCUAAUUUUUUUGCAGUAUAAAGUGCACUUUUUCAUAAAAAAAAUGUAUUCCUGUCUGAUGAGUGUCUUAUGUGCUGAAAGGGAAAUUCUGCCAAAACUCCAGAGCUGAGGGCGUUGUUAAUUCUUCGAGGUGUUCAUUGAAACCUGGGACCUGCUUCUGCUCAGUCUAUUUUAAGACGAAGUAGGGAAGGAAAUGCCUCCCCACAGAUAGGAAUUGAUGAUGGGAAAUGAAACUAUCACUGCCCUUACAGAAAACUCCGCGGUACUUCAAAAUCCACCUUCAGCUUUCCGAUUGCACCAGCCUCUUAAAUCACAAAUGUUUACUUUGAUGAUCAGGGAGUGCCUUGUCCUGUUCUGGGCUCACGUUUGGGAGGCAGAGUGGUGGUGAUGGGGAUGGGUUUGCCCCGUGUGCGGGUGGAAAAAUUGGGCUGGAAACCCCUGAAUUGGUGGGAAUCCCCAUGAUUGUCCGUGGGUGCUCCUCAGAGAGUGCACCGAGUUCCCCAGGUGUGCUCACACACACACACACACACACACACACACACACACACACACACACGGGGACCUGCCCGAGGCACAACAGAAUCUGCUCUGCCGACCUCACUUUGGGUUGGGUUAACCCAAUUCCUGAGGGUUUUGUUGUUCCAUUCCCACUUUUGGUUGGAUUAACCCAAUUCCUGAGAGUUUUGCUGUUCCAUUCUCACUUUUGGUUGGGUUAACCCAAUUCCUGAGGGUUUUGUUGUUCCAUCCUCACUUUGAGUUGGGUUAACCCAAUUCCUGAGGGUUUUGUUGUUCCAUCCUCACUUUGGGUUGGGUUAACCCAAUUCCUGAGGGUUUUGCUGUUCCAUUCUCACUUUUGGUUGGGUUAACCCAAUUCCUGAGGGUUUUGUUGUUCCAUUCUCACUUUUGGUUGGGUUAACCCAAUUCCUGAUGGUUUUUCUGGCUCCUCUUGGAGUGAGGUUUUGUCCUGACCCUUUCCCGGCCCUCGGGUCCUCCGUGUGUCCCUUGUGAAGCCACCCGGUGUCUGUGUGACCAUCUCAGGUGUCACCUCGUGCUUGUCAGGACUCUUGGAGCACCAGUGCCACCCCCUUGGGGUUCCUGUUGUCUGUGUGUUCUUGCAGUGCCUUGUAAAUCCCAACAAUCCCAGAGGGGCUGUGGGGUCGGGGACCAGCGACGCGCUCCCAGCUCGUACUGCCAGACUGGACUUUGUACCUGAGGAUGUGAACCGCUGUUUAAAGGAAAUAAAGAGUUUAACUCUGA